AUGGCUUUCGUCCAUGAAGACCUGGAGGGAACGCUGUCGGAGGAGGAGACAGGGCGACUACAGACCUGGAUCCUUGACCGAGUUGACGCUUUGGCCGUUGGGGCGGUUUCGCCCAAAUUCACAGAGUGUCGCCACCGAGGGGGAGCGCUGUUGAUAACGUGCGCAGACCAGGCAUCGGUGGACUGGCUGAGGUCGGAGCUAGGGAGUGUAGCUCCGUGGGAGGGUGCGAAACUUCGAUUCGUCGAAGCCAAGAACCUCCCAAAACCGAUUAGGGCUCACGUCUGGAUCCCCGGGGCUCAAGUUGAACCGGAGAAGAUCCUGAAAAGGAUCGAGAUCCAGAAUGCUGGUGUGACAACCAGCAAUUGGCGCGUGGUUGACAGGAAGGAGGAUCCCAAGGGACAAACUUUGAUUGUCCUUAUGGACCAAACUUCCUGGGAGAAGAUGGGGGCCACGUGCAACCAUCGGCCCUAUGUGAACUUCACUAGGGUGACGUUCAAACUCCUCUCCAAGACGAAGGUGGAAGAAGAGGAGGUGACACGAAUGGAGUGCGAAGAGGCAGCAGCAGGUGAGGGGCUCUCAGAAGAACCUCAACCAACUGCGCCAACCACCGCACUUCAUUAG